ACUGUCCAUUAUGACCUUAUUUAAUUGGAUAAUGUAAUAAAGGGAUGGUUUAUAAGGACAAUUUUAAGAAUGGAAAUAGGAUUUUGAACGUUAAGCUAAUGAACGAGAGUUUUUUGCGCGCAUCGUUUACGGAUAAUGCGGCUAUUGUACGUAGUAUACGAGUUUCUGUUGUUAUAAAUAAAGUCAUGUUCAUUUAAAUGUAAUCAUGUUAAAGUAUUAUGAUUUGCUUACGUAAUAUACGAGUAACAUGUUAAAAUGUUUUGCCUUAGAAAGAUAACUGAAAUCAAUACGUGUUAUGUAUGUCCGUAGAUCGAUAUUUCACUCAUAUACGUCAAGAUGCUUGAACACGUGUGGCUUACCAUAUUGCUUGUGGUGUCAUUUGAAGCUACCAGUCACAGCUCGGAGACUUGCUUGAUGGAUUAUGGCCACGCUACCUUGACAGCAAAUGUUUCACUAAAACCAUCAGAUAACAUGUUUCUGAACUGUACAAAUUAUGUGAUAACGUUAGACUUUCGUUCCUGGGCAUAUAAUUUUUCAACAGAACCAAUAUCGAUAUAUUAUCCAAACUAUAACAUCAACGUAUGUGAAAAUAGCAGUAGCCGCGUAAUGAUGGACUACGUUUGUCCAAAAUCCAGUAAAACGAUUGGAAACACGACGUGGUUCAAUAGUACACUUUUGAAAGUCCAAACCCUACGAGUUUCAUUCGAGAACAUCAAUGGGUCAAAUAUUGAACUGAAUAUCAUGUUUCCUAAUCACCCUUGCCUGCAUUGCCCAAUGAGUGAUUGCCACCAGAUGAAGGCAGUGGGUGCGACCAAGACAUUUGCAGAAGUUUUUGAGUGCAAAUCUACAGCAACGAUACCAACUACUUCAUCAACUGUGACAACUGUUGUGACAACUACAGCUCAUUCUCCAACCAGUACACUUUUCACUGAACCUGUUGAAGAACACUGUGGCGUCGACACUACAAUCUUUGGAAGGAUGGCGGUUACAUGGCCACCUACCAUCACAAAUGAGACAUCAAUGCGCCCAUGUCCUAGGGCAGAUGGAAUUGCAACAAGAAAAUGUGAAUACAGUUCGGCGUCUACACCACCGUACUGGGGACAUCCUGAUAUGAGUAACUGUGUUAGCCAAUCAUUCACCGAUAUAAAGACUAAAACAAAAAGGCUUUUCGAAAAUAAAGUAUCAUCUGCUGAUAUACUUGAAAUUGCGAAAGAUAUCCGAAGGUCGAUCUUCAACCAGUCCGGAGUGUUGCUGUAUGCAGGCGACCUCACAGUAGCCACUGACUCUGUCCAUGUAAUAGCACAGGCGAUUAAAAAUAUCGACGCAGUGGAAGCAAAUCUCAUCGAAAUAACUCAGACUUAUGGUGCAGCGAUUGGCAGUAUUAUUGACCCCAAAUUGUCGGAUGUUUGGACAUAUACAAGUGCGCAGGGCUACCUUGACAGCAAGGUGACGUCUAUAUUAAGCUCUGUUGAGCAGCUAUCGACGCAUGUUGCGGAGCACGCGGCAAACCUACGCACGGCCCGAAGAAAGAGAGAGACAUUCCAAGAAACGACACUGUUCGAAGGCAUUGACAAUAACCUGAGGUACAGAGUGAGUGUUCUAGACAGGCAGUUUAACUUUGACACCUUUGACACAUCCCACCUUGGGAGAGAGGCUUCAAUCAUCUUACCACAAGAGGUUUUUAACAAGUCCCUCGUGAAAACAAGCGAUCGAUUUAUUCACGUCCUUAUUGCUUCGUUUCCUACACUGCCAGAAUUGAUGAGAGAAACACAGAACAAAAGGACUCAGGCGGAUUUAAGGAGUUUUAAUUCUGAGUUGACAAAAUUCCUGGCCUCUGGCGUUUUGACUGGAAAAAUAUUGAACGUUCCUGAAGUCGUGUUUUCACAGUUGGAAUCACCCAUAAGGAUACAAUUUCUUAUCCAGAAUGAAAGCGUUCACGUUGAAGACAACUCUCUGAAACAGUCAUGCGUAUUCCUUAACAUGUUGGCAACAUCGACCGAGAACAAGUGGUUGACCACUGGUUGUACAAAAAGUGUAUCGGAGAGUAACAACUCACACGUUGUUUGUUACUGCAACCAUAUGACAAACUUUGCUGUUUUAAUGGAUGUUUACUCAAUUGAGGAGAAGAUAGAUCAAGGCAAUUUGAAAGCGCUAACUUAUGUGUCAUACGCUGGCGGAGCAUUGUCGGUCUUGUGCUGCCUGAUAUCAAUAUUAGUUUUCGAAUGUGUGAGAUUGAAUUCCCAGCGCGUGCGAAUUAACGAACAGUUGGCGAUCACCAUCAUCUGUCUCCAAAUGUUCUUUCUAUUUGGAAUUGACAGAACGGAAAAUAGGACCGCAUGUUUAGCGAUGGCAAUAUGUUUACACUAUUUCCUUCUCGCCUUGUUCUGCUGGAUGUUAGUGGAAGGUGCAAACCUGUACCUUGUCCUCGUCAAGGUGUUCAAAUCGAGAUCACACCUGAAAACAUACAUGGCUGUUGGUUGGGGAGUUCCUCUUGUAGUAGUCGGUGUAUCCGCUGGUAUUCUGCACGAGGAGUAUGGAUCAGGAACAAUUUGCUGGGUCUCCAACAACGUCCUGAUGAAAGCAGUUGUCCCUCCAAUCGUGUUCGUUAUAUUGGUAAACACGAUAGUAUUAAGUGUUGUUAUGAGAAUCAUGUUCAAGUCGAUGUCAAAGGGAUCGAAGACGACAAUUGAUGAAAGAUCUUCCGCUAAAUCUGGCCUCAAGGCCGCGGCUGUGUUACUUCCGGUGUUGGGACUGACGUGGGCGUUAGGCUUUCUGUCCAUCACGAACAAAGAGACACUCAUCUUCACGUAUUUGUUCACCAUACUGAACUCGCUACAGGGGGUAUUCUUCUGCGUAUUCCACUGCCUUCUUAGUUCAGAUGUGCGAAAAGCUUAUACGAGAAGAAGUGAACGACUGAGCCAAAAGCGCUUGACAACAACCUCCCUAUCUGGACGGGCGACCAUGAGGCGAUCAUCUGAGCUUGACUCCUACAGCAAAGCGUCGGUGCGAACAUCUACGACAGCUGUUUCAACGCUCGAAAGGCCGAAAUCGUACCAGAAGACUGACUUUUACGACUCUCGACUAGAUUCCCAAUCGUUGGACGAAGUUUUCUACGCUAACCCGAAGCGUGACACAUCAGUACACGGUGAUGGUAAUCAGUUACAUCGGAACAGUUUUGAUGCAGAUCCGAUAUUCUACGACCAAGAUGAUUCUUACCAUAACCAUACCGCUAAUAAUAUAGUUCGUACACCUGCAAUGAACGGCGACGAAUCAACCAAUGGGUACAUCCUUUAUUACGGACACGGAAGAUUAGAGACUGGUCGGGCAAUGCCACACUACACUGACUUCACAAAGAAUGAUUUCGCGGAUAAUUAUGCCAAGGUUUCCAAAUAAGAGAAGAUCUGAACAUUGAUCAAAUGUUCCAUAAAAUACAAAGAUACCGCUUAAAACUACGAAGAAGUUGUAAGAUAUUAUUAACUGACUUAUUUUAGACAUCUACAAUCAACACGUGUCUUAACAAAGAAAAAUAAAAUCAAUGUUUAUAUGAAAUGACCUUCCACGGUACAUAUAAUACCGAUAUGGCUGGUGACGUGGGUUAUCAACUCCCAUCAUGAACGAUAUGGCGGUUGACGUGGGUUAUCAACUCCCAUCAUGAACGUUCUAAAUGUAUUGAGUUGUGUGUUGUAAUUAUGGCAAGUAAUGUAUUGGUGACGCGGAAAGAGAGUUUAGUUACUUGGUAAAGAUGUAAUAUACGUUAAAUACAAUAUCAUCUACAUCUAUGUAGGAAAUUGCUUUAAAUACGCAAUAUUAGAAAAAAAAUUAAACGUCCAAAUUUUAAUCAAAAUCGGAACCAUUAGGUCACUGAACGUUAAAAUCUUACAUGUUAAUUGGAAUCUAUGAAGGAUAUUAAUAUCAGUACAAUAAAAUCGAUCUAGCCCCUCACCUUUAAGUACUUUAUUGUAUUGGUACUUUUAAAAACGAAAACACCUUUAUAUCUGUGAUAAAUCAUCGCUUGGAUAUAAUUACACAAACACACAAACAACUUACUGGAUUCAUAAAUACAUAAUAAAGGAGUAAUAAAUAAUCCAUAUUAAUGAUGAUGAAACACGAUAUCUUAAUGAUGCAGAAACUCAAAAUAAAUGCAUAUAUUUAUUUCGUUUACUUUCGAAAUAAGUAAGUCACAUCAACAUGAGUAUUUCUACUGUUUGAAGCAUUUCAUGACGAGAAUAAAUAAUAAUACAAUAUUUUAAUCUGAACUAAAAUCUUCAAAGUGAUAUAUUUAUAUCGGCAGUCAAAAACGCCUGUGCCACAUGAUUUUUAAAAGCUAUUUAAGAACUUAAGUACGUCAAAAAAUCCGAAACACCGUAACAAAAAACUGCUGCGUUUAUAUCAGCCUUCAGGACUGAAUUCCAUGAACUGGCAUGUUGUCGAGACCAUCUUUUACGGGCGAUGUAUCGAACAUCAUAUCAUGCUUCUCUUCAAUUUAGCAUAUGAUUCGUUAAACUAUGUACUUAGUAAUGAAGAUACAUAAGACAGACGGAUAUAUCACAAGAAAAAAAUAAUAAACUGUAUGUUAAUUUUUAUUGAAAGUUGAGCUAUUAUCAUGCAUAUUUUAAUUCCAAAUAAAAGGUAUAUUAUUACCACAAAGCG